CGCGGCUAUGGAUGGAGCGGCACGCGCUUGCGGGGAGGAGGGUAGUACGGGACCCGCCCUGCCCGCGUCGCCGCGAGACUUAGCACGAGGCCGAGGGAGGAGAGGAGGGGUACGGCAGGCAGGUGCAGGCCUUGCCUGGCUAUUCAUAGUUGGAUUCCUGGAAGGGGCCGAGCCCGAGCGAAGAGAGCUGUCUCGGGAGUGAGGCUGGGAGGGGGUAGCGGGGCCCCGCUCCCGCCCUUUGUUUGGGCUCGGCUCCGCCGGCCGCAUCGUCGUCGCCUAGCAACAGCUGUCCUGGACUGUGAUUGGUUGAGCUCUUGGCAGUAGUGACCAAUGGCACGGUUGUUGCCAUGGUAGGUGUGGACUGCCAGGUUCGGUCCAGCCCCGCCCGCCGGGGCUCCCCCUGGCCGGGGCGGGCCCCCAGGGUGGAGGGCGGGACGCCGGGGUCCCCGGGGGCAGGUGGCUGCGCUGGGCGGGGCCGGCGGGGCGAGGGUUAACCCGCCCCUCCCCCGUCCACCUGCUUUCCCCUUCCCCCGCUUGCCCCGGGCUGACCCUCGUCUCCUCCUCUCCCCGCCCCCAGCGGCGGCGGCUGCUGUUGUCACCCACCCGGCCGCCUGUCCCGCUUGCCCUCCCCGCCGCGGGGCUUGCCGGGCCGGCCGGGCCGGGACAGGCGGCCGUCUCCUCACCACCGCUACCGCCGCCAUGCUGGCCGCUCGCCCACACCACUGGGGGCCCCACCGCGCCCCAGCCCCCCGUGGGCCCCGCGCCAGCCCUGACCCGGGUCUCAGCGGCGGUGGCAGCCGAGGUGCAGGAUGCGAGAAGGCGCCCCCCGGCCGGGCUCCCGCUCCAGGCCUCGCUCCCCUGCGGCCCUCUGAGCCCACCAUGGCCGUCCCACCGGGCCAUGGUCCCUUCUCUGGCUUCCCGGGGCCCCAGGAGCACACGCAGGUACUGCCUGAUGUGCGGCUGCUGCCGCGGAGGCUGCCCCUGGCCUUCCGAGACGCGACCUCGGCCCCGCUGCGCAAGCUCUCCGUGGACCUCAUCAAGACCUACAAGCACAUCAAUGAGGUUUACUAUGCGAAGAAGAAGCGGCGGGCCCAGCAGGUGCCACCUCAGGACUCGAGCACCAAGAAGGAGAAAAAGGUCCUGAACCACGGUUACGACGACGACAACCAUGACUACAUCGUGCGCAGCGGCGAGCGCUGGCUGGAGCGCUACGAGAUCGACUCCCUCAUUGGCAAAGGCUCCUUUGGCCAGGUGGUGAAGGCCUAUGACCAUCAGACGCAGGAGCUGGUGGCCAUCAAGAUCAUCAAGAACAAAAAGGCCUUCCUGAACCAGGCCCAGAUCGAGCUGCGGCUGCUGGAGCUGAUGAACCAGCAUGACACAGAGAUGAAGUACUACAUAGUGCACCUGAAGCGGCACUUCAUGUUCCGGAACCACCUGUGCCUGGUGUUCGAGCUGCUUUCCUACAACCUGUACGACCUCCUGCGCAACACGCACUUCCGCGGCGUCUCGCUGAACCUGACGCGGAAGCUGGCGCAGCAGCUCUGCACGGCGCUGCUCUUCCUGGCCACGCCUGAGCUCAGCAUCAUUCACUGCGACCUCAAGCCCGAGAACAUCCUGCUCUGCAACCCCAAGCGCAGCGCCAUCAAGAUCGUGGACUUUGGCAGCUCCUGCCAGCUCGGCCAGCGGAUCUACCAGUACAUCCAGAGCCGCUUCUACCGUUCGCCCGAGGUGCUCCUGGGCACACCCUACGACCUGGCCAUUGACAUGUGGUCCCUGGGCUGCAUCCUGGUGGAGAUGCACACCGGAGAGCCCCUCUUCAGUGGCUCCAAUGAGGUGGACCAGAUGAACCGCAUUGUGGAGGUGCUGGGCAUCCCACCAGCCCCCAUGCUGGACCAGGCACCCAAGGCUCGAAAGUACUUUGAGCGGCUGCCUGGGGGUGGCUGGACCCUGCGAAGGACAAAGGAACUCAGGAAGGAUUACCAGGGCCCCGGGACACGGCGGCUGCAGGAGGUGCUGGGCGUGCAGACGGGCGGGCCCGGGGGCCGGCGGGCGGGGGAGCCGGGCCACAGCCCCGCCGACUACCUCCGCUUCCAGGACCUGGUGCUGCGCAUGCUGGAGUAUGAGCCCGCCGCCCGCAUCAGCCCACUGGGGGCUCUGCAGCAUGGCUUCUUCCGCCGCACGGCUGAUGAGGCCACCAACACGGGCCCGGCAGGCAGCAGUGCCUCCACGUCGCCCGCGCCCCUUGACACCUGCCCCUCCUCCAGCACCGCCAGCUCCAUCUCCAGCUCUGGAGGCUCCAGUGGCUCCUCCAGUGACAACCGGACCUACCGCUAUAGCAACCGAUAUUGUGGGGGCCCUGGGCCCCCCAUCACUGACUGUGAGAUGAACAGCCCCCAGGUCCCACCCUCCCAGCCGCUGCGCCCCUGGGCAGGGGGUGAUAUGCCCCACAAGACACAUCAGGCCCCUGCCUCCGCCUCAUCACUGCCAGGGGCCGGGGCCCAGUUACCCCCCCAACCCCGAUGCCUUGGUCGUCCCCCAUCACCAACCUCGCCACCACCCCCAGAGCUAAUGGAUGUGAGCCUGGUGGGAGGCCCUCCGGACUGCUCCCCACCUCACCCGGCACCUGCCCCCCAGCACCCGGCUGCCUCAGCCCUCCGGACUCGGAUGACAGGAGGUCGUCCACCCCUCCCACCCCCUGAUGACCCUGCCACUCUGGGGCCUCGCUUGGGCCUCCGUGGUGUACCCCAGAGCACGGCAGCCAGCUCAUGACCCUGCCCCCUCCCUGGGGCCCCUCCUGAAGCCAUACCCCCCAUCUGGGGGCCCUGGGCUCCCAUCCUCAUCUUUCCCCUUGACUGGAAUUGCUGCUACCCAGCCGGGGUGGGUGAGGCCUGCACUGAUUGGGGCCUGGGGCAGGGGGUCAAGGAGAAGGGUUUAGGUGCACCCUCCCCACUAAGGACUGGACCCUUGGCCCCCUCUCCCCCUGUGUUUUCUAUUUAUUGUACCAAAGACAGUGGUGGUCCAGCGGGAGGGGGAGAGUCCCCUCACCCCAGGGCCCUAGGAGGGGGUGGGGGCAGGUAGGGGGAGAUGGCCUUGCUCCUCCUCGCUGUACCCCCCAGUAAAGAGCUUUCUCACA